CGAUGAAAUCGUACCACCUCCGGGAACGUUAAGCUUGCCACCAGCAGAAACAUCGGCACCAAACGGACGACACCAAAGUUAUAAAGUGGACCGGCGAAGAGGCUACGAGGCGCUGCCACUUUGCCGAUCGACUUCGUCGUACAACGAUCCUCUGCUCGUGCGAACGAGCAGAAGCACUGAUUUCCUUAGCGGCACCUUCCGCUGGUGUCAGCUGGUGUCCGACCAAUAAAUUUAUCAAAACGUGUCAUGUUACUUUGACAAAGCCGCGACUGCGCGUAGGAGAGUAGAUCGUCAGAGUAAUUAGACUAUUGACUAGUGACUUAUUUCGCCUCUCGGUAUAUUCGACGCUGGUCCAUCCUUUGAUCGUAUUUAAUCGUAUCCGACGUAUUUGGUGUGUGUCCGGGAAGACAAGGAUCACGAGAGUAUCGUCGUUAGCUUCUUGACAAUCAGUGAUUAUACGAGGCAAUGGCAAACUUAAUUAAUUCCACGACAACUUUAAUAAAUGACGCCUACGAUUAUUACCUCUGGACGCUGUCCCUUGCCGAUGAACGAACGAGAGGAUGGCUCCUGGUCGAUUCGCCGAAACCUACUUUGAUGUAUACAAUGUUGUACUUAUUUAUUGUAUGGGCCGGACCAAAGAUUAUGAGAAAACGAAAAGCCUUUAAGUUAACGUGGGCACUUGUUCCGUAUAAUCUCGCGAUGGCCUGUCUUAACGCGUAUAUCGCGAUACAGUUAUUCGUAGCUUCCACUAGGUUACGUUAUAGUUACGUGUGUCAGCCAAUUAGGCACGUAACUCGUCCAGAUGAAUUGCAGAUCGCUCAUGCAGUCUGGUGGUACUACUUUAGCAAACUUUUGGAAUUCUGUGAUACGUUUUUCUUUAUCUUGCGGAAGAAAGAUAAUCAAUUAAGCUUCCUUCAUGUUUACCAUCAUUCCACUAUGUUUUCGUUAUGGUGGAUUGGCAUUAAAUGGGUUCCAAGCGGAUCCACUUUCCUACCAGCAAUGGUGAACAGUUUUAUCCACGUCCUUAUGUAUUCAUACUACGGUUUAUCCGCAUUGGGACCCUCUGUAACUAAAUAUCUCUGGUGGAAGAAAUAUUUAACGAUCCUUCAAUUAAUUCAAUUUACCACUGCCUUGAUCCUUGGUAUCAAUGGCAUUCGAUCGGGAUGCGAUUUCCCACUCUGGAUGCAGUAUGCUCUUGUCAUUUACAUGAUCUCAUUUAUCGUUUUAUUCGGAAAUUUCUAUAUCAAAGCCUACAUUGCCAAGGGUAAACAAGCAUACGCGGAGAAACAAUUGCAAAAAAUGAAAGCGAGCAAGCAAUUGAAGAAAGAAGUUACAGGCGGAGCUAUAUGUAAUGGAAAUCUUACGAACGGACAUGCCAAUGGAUAUUCGAAUGGUGUAUCUAAAAAGAUUCAGUGAAAAAUGCACUUCUAACUUAAGAUAUUAAACGUCAUUCAAACUACAAGUAUAUUUAGUUACAAAAUGGAAGUGAAUGGAAACUUUCUUCGAGAAAUGAUUCGAUCGAUAAUAAUAAUCUGACCAGAAUUUUAAAUCCUUGUAACUGCCUCGUUCAUAAAUGAGCGACACUUAAUACAUUGUACUUAUACGUACAUAUAUACAUAUAUAUGUGUAUAUAUAAAUAUAUAUAUAUAUAUAUAUAUAUAUAUAUAUAUAUAUAUAUAUAUAUAUAUAUCGUUGCAGAAAUUGCGGAUUUAAUGAAAAAAUCCGAUGUUUCUCUAACGAAUUAACGUAAAUGCGACUAUAAACUUACCGGCCUGCGAUUUUUUUAUUCUUGGAUGAGCAGCACAAAGUUCAACAAACCGCUGAUCUAAGAUAUUGUAAAUACAAAUUAGUCGAGUAUAUUAGCAUUUUAGUCGUCAAGUAGGCGAAUUAUAUGAGAUCCAGCGUGAUCGAUUACGAUAACGUUGUGUAAGCUUAAACUAAACGAUCUUUUUGUGGCUGACGGUUCAAAUCUGCCUUGUAAAAAAAUAAAAGAAAAUACAAGAUAAGAUCGUCGUGUCGAAAA